AGUCAUGGAGUACAUGUUACCGUCUCCGUGUUACCAUGCGUUAGUCACGUGACACACACAGCAAAAAACGUAGUGUGUGUAGUCGAGAGUCGGUUUCUCUUUGGGGUUUUACAAAACGCACUCCAGUCGACCGUUGUGCCAUUUUCGAAUUCAACGGCUAUACUCUCUUUCCUAAUAUUCUUCCAAGAUUUGAACCGGUUGUUUCUUCUUCAAUUGCUCUUCUACAAAAACUCCGCGCGAUGGGCACACUCAAAGCCUCUAACGUCUCUUCCGAUCUUCAAAAAUGGCAGAAAAUUUUCAACGCUCUCGUACACAUGUUACAGACACAACAAACGCAGGUCGAAUCUCUAACGAGUGAGAGAAAACUCCUCGAAGAUCGAAUUAAGUUGCAAUACGAUCAAAUCUCACAGAUGAAGAGGGAUUUGGUGGUGCAAGAUAUGGAACGCGUUGUUGAUGCCGCAAAGUCGGAUAUGGUUCUGGGUUUGAAGCAGAGGGAGGCUUUUGUUAACAAGCUUAAGUUAGAAGAUACGGGAGGUGAAUUGGCAGACUUUAAAGAGUGGUUUCACUAUCUAUCUAGUGAAUGCUCCACGCUAAAUGAUAUGUCGAAGACUUCUGAUAUUAAGGGCAAAGGGAGGAAUUAUAAGGCAUUGGAAAACGAAUUGAGGAUGCUAAAAUCUGAAAAUGAGAAGCUUAUUUCAAAGAACACUUCUGAGGUGUCUGCUCUCUUGUCAGAGAAUAAAUUUGUGUGGAACCAGUAUAAUAGGAUUGAGAGGGAAAAAACUGAACUGCUAAGGAGUAAGUGCACUGAAAUUGAACAGGCUAAUGAGAAGAUAGAGAAACUUCUCACUGCCAUGGAGAAAAUGCAGUCGUCAGUGAGUGAAAAGGAUGAUAUAAUUGUAAAAUUUAAAACUGAUAUAGCUCAAUUGGAGGCAGACUCAAUUAAAAAGAGUGAAGAAAUUUCCAGACUUUCCAGGGAAUUGGUGUCCUUGAGAAAAUCUAGAACUGAUUCUGUUACACCUGUAUUACGUCGUUGCACAGCAGAGAAAGGAACGUCUCGGUUGGGAGGCAAGAACAGUGACACAAAUGGGCGGAAUAUCAAUGUGAAGAAAGAAUCAUAUCCUCCACAAAACCCUGAUCGUCUGAAGGAUUCUGAAAAGGGAUGCAAAAGUUCAAAGAGAAAAGCAGUUGACACCAUUCCCAUUUCAGAAACUGCAAAAUUGUUCUCGUCCACUUUCAAGGUUCCUAAAUUGAAGAAUUCGUCUCCGUUAGUAACUUAACCUCCCCCCUCUGGCAUCCUCUCCGGGCGGGCUGCUAUUCAUACGUGUAUACGUUUGACUGUAGUUUUGUAUCAUGCAUCUAUCAUGUAAUUUAUUAUGUAUCUGUUUCAGCAUUGAUGUUUUUCCAUGUAAUAUGUGUGAUGGCAAGAAUGAUAAUUGUUCUAUUGUUGGAUCUUCCAAGACUGUAAAUUGUAAAUAAGAUAUCAAUGCACUGAUAAGAUGAGCUUUGAAAA